UUUAAUCUAAUUAAUAGCUCUACAAUUACAUCUACUGCUAUAAGUGUUACGGAAGUUAGUAAUUCUGGAAAUCUUGGAACAACUGCUGCGAUAACAACAUUAACAGCAGAUAAAAUUUAUAAUAGUGCAAAAAUUGGAGAUAGCACCAAAGCAGUAACAACAAUAACCGCCACCGAGAUUACUAAUACAGGUACAAAUGCUACAAUUACAGCUACUGCUAUUAAUGGUUCAGGUAAUAAUCCAAAAAUAACUAAUAAAGAUGGCGGACACAUUAAGUCUGGUAAUAUUGGUAAUAGCGGUGUUAAACUAAAUAUAAUUAAUAAAGGAAAAAAUAGCAAAAUUGAAGUUACAGCCAAAAUAACCGCAACUGAAAUAAGCAACACCGAUGGUACGAUUACAGCUAAAGAAAUAGAGUCAGAUAUUGAUAAUAGCGGAAAAAUUGGAGAUGCCAGCAAAGCAGUAACAACAAUAACCGCCACCGAGAUUACUAAUACAGGUGCAUCUGCUGCAAUUACAGCUACUGCUAUUAAUGGCUCGGGUGCCGCAUCAAAAAUAACUAAUACUAGUCAUGGUCAAAUUACAGUUACUAAUAUCACUAAGGGUGGUGGCGGCUUAAAUAUAACUAACCAAACAAGUGCUUCAAUUAAAGCUGAUACUAUAGAUAUAACUAAUAUUGAUAAUAGCGGAGCUAUUGGAGAUGCCAACAAAGCG